AGUUCCAUUUGUGUCCACUGUAGAAUUUCUAAUGAUUGAGCUACAUUGUGCUUCGAUUAAUGUUUGUCAGUUGAGUGAUUUUUUAGUUAUUUACUUAGUUUUCAGAGAAAGAACAGUAUUGCAUAUAAAAUUGUACGUCUUCUGAAGUGAGAUAUAAUUUCAUUUGUGCUUGUGAUUGAAAAUGUGUAAUGAAAAUAUAAAUUGAUGUUAUUAUGUGGCGGAACACUCUCUGUAAUUAUGAUUGUAUAUAUUAAUUAACACUGCGUGUAUGAUAUAACACAAUGGUGGCACAAUAUGUUUGAACGUGUUUGAUAACUGUUGAAAAAAUUGUUAGUUUUUAUUUAUGACAUAUUACAUAAGGUGUACGCAGUUCCUGGAAAGUUCCAAAGGAAUAGUAAAACAACAGCAAAGACACAUCCACUGGUGAAAACAUGCGCAUGUGUGAAAAUGCGGGAUGAUGCACUUUUGUAGUACGUCCUAUGAGGAAAAUAUUGUGUGAAUCAUGGUAUCUUCAGAAGUCCCGCAGAAUGGAACUACCGUGGAACUGAUUUAUUUAACCUUCUGGGACAAAGUAGCCAUUUCUGCCGGGGCGGUCGGAUUCCUUUUGUUAAUAUCGAUGUGUAUGGUGUGUUUUCUGUGUCCCGAAUGUUUCUGUCAUGGCUUCUGCUUUGGUGAGGACGAUCCAGAGGAGAAAAAGAAGAAACAGUCAAAGAACAAGAAGUUCGGUUCUCAGAAAUCGACGUCAAGCAAGAGUAGUUACGGGUCUACCGAAUCCGACUAUUUCUACAGUGCACCGCCCCCUGACGCCACAGACUCCGGACCAAUCAAAUGGAAGCCUCUAGACAUUAUCAAAGAGCGCGAGCUCUCUGAUUGGUCAUCAGAUACCGGAAGUGGUCAAGAGGUUAUCAAGCUAGGAAAGAUGAAACGUAAAAGUUUGAUCAUUCAUGACACUCUACUAAAUGGUGAUGUCCAUGACGACCUAAAAAAGGCAGUAGAAGGCGGAAGCAUUGAUUUCUCUCUCAGUUACAGCGUGUCUGAGGAGAGAUUGACUAUCAAAAUACAGGAAGUCAAAAAUGUUCAAGUCGGUGAUGAGAAAACUUUGGUAUCGCCUUACGUUAAAGUCCGUAUCUACAAGACUCCGAAACAGUUUUUCACAUUUCGCGAGCAUUCCGAUAAAGGACCUGUGAUAAAUAAUUUAGAAAAAGAAUUUAAGACAAAAAUGCAUCGUCCCAGUGAAUGUCUAUCGUACAAAGAAAGUUUUGAGAUAGCCGUAGACUUGGAAACAUUGAAGUCGUUUACACUCCGUUUUCUUUUGUGUGACAUGGACAAGUUAUCACGUCACGUGAUUUUGGGCGAGACUUCAGUGAUUCUGAAAAAGACGGAGUUGUGGACAGUGCGAGAUCUGAAAUUCUCCGAGAAAUUUCGAAGCCCGGUGGAGGAGAAUCUAGGGACCAUAUCAGUAGGCCUGAGCUACUUACCCACAUCUGAGAAAAUGUACCUGUCUGUGGAGUCUAUAAAAGGGUUGAAGGUCAUGGACAAAAUGUCAGCUAGUACAGAUGCUUGCGUGAAAGUUUAUCUUAUGUAUGAAGGGAAACAACUCAAGCGAGUCAAGACCACCGUCAGGGCCUCCGACCUAAAUCCAGUAUUUAAUGAAAGCUUUUCAUUCGACGUUCCGAAUUCGGAAGUCGAGAAAGUCUACUUUUCAUUGGUGGUUUGUCACUAUGACGCAGAGACGAAAUCCAGCAAGAUCAUCGGUCGAGUGUACACUGGGAUGAACUUUGACACUGAUGCUCGCGAGCAUUGGUCCAGCAUGGUUCAAAAUCCUAGGAAAAAGAUUGUUACAUCAUAUAAGAUUAAAAACUAAACCACUUAGUCAUAGAUACAGUAAACUUCUUAAAGGUGGUCAGUCGUAUAUAGUAGAUAUAUUCGUUAGAAUGUUACACGUUAUAUUGGAGAUUCAUUUAGCAAACAAAACCUUUGGUGAUGUAUCUUCUAUCAUUUCUACAAACCAUGCAUUUAUCGUAUUCUAUUUAGAUUAGCAUGUCUAUAUUGAUGACGUAUUGUGUAAAUAUGGACGCUAGAAAUCUCUUAUGAUUCCGUUCGCUGACUGUGUAGUUAGCAGCGCUAGCGUUUAUUUAACCCUUAGCCUGCUGGCGGCAAGCCUUGAUAUUGCCUUUGCGACCAGUGCAGACCAAGAUCAGCCUGCACAUCUGUGCAGGCUGAUCAUGGUCUGCACUGUUCGCUAUUAAGUCAGUAAAUUUUCAGUGAACACCCCUUUACAUGAUAAGUGGUACUGCCCAGAUUGAAUGCUGGACCAGUCCAUUUUAGAAAUAUAGCAGGGUAAAGAUUAAGGUACUGGACCCUCAAUGACACUGGGCUAUUUCCGUAUAAUUACGUACUCUCGUUAUGCAGUUCGGCAUUCUUCGGACGUAAAUGUAACCGGACUCGCAAAUGAUUUUCCUUAACCCUUAGCCUGCUGCAGGCGAAUUUAACAGCCUUUGCAAACAGAUUGGAACCAGAUCAGACGCCGAUUAAAUCGGCGUCUGAUCAGGUUCCAAGCUGUUUGCUACUCUGACAAUAUUUCUUCCAAUUUUGGAGCAAAUUGAAUGAACUUUACAAUCUUAGCAGACGACAUUUUCAGCAGACGACAAUUUAUCUAGCAUGCUAAAGGUUAAAAACCGAUGAAUGCCGAAAAACGGAGUAUACGUAAAUUGCCGAAUGUCAUUACGGAAACCACUUCCUGUGUCGUGUAUGAUCUUGGUACUUUGAUGUACAGUAUAAGAGAAAGUAGACUUGCCAGCUUGACUUAAUAAAUAAUAUUUCUUUUUACCAUUUUACUCAAGGUUGUGGACUUGUAAUAACAAUCGGUAAAUAACGUGAGCCGCACCAUGAGAAAACCAACAUAGUGCAUUUGCGACCAGCAUGGAUCCAUGCUGUUCGCUAAUGGUUUCUCUAAUUGCAAUAGGCUUUGAAAACGAACAGCAUGGAUCCUGACCAGACUGCGCGGAUGCGCAGGCUGGUCUGGAUCCAUGCUGGUCGCAAAAGCACUAUUUUGGUUUUCGCAUGGCGCGGCUCAUAUUUCUUUUUACCAUUUUACUUAAGGGUGUGGAGCUGUAACAACAAUCGGCAAAUAACGUAUUCUUCAUAAACAAUUUCGUCAUUCUCCGCUUUUUUACGGAAAGCCAUGUUCGCGUCGAGUUAAAUUCAUGUCCGGAGAAUACCGAAUUCCCUUACGAAAAUACGUAAUCACACGGAAAUUGCCAGUGUCAUUACGGAUUACCUUAAUAGUGGUUCGGGAAUUGGCUGUGUCACCUGAGAGAUAAAAGACAUGGUUGCUGUAAAGGCCGAUACUAGUUAGUUUGAAAAUUAGUCCAAUCAAUCUCUUACACUGUAUAAAUUCCCUUUGAUCAUUGUCGGUACAGACAUGUUUCGGGGCAAUCGGGACCCAGGAUCGAAUCCCGAUGAAAAUUUUAUCUAUUUUAUAUAUUUAUUGUUAACAUGUUAUUUCAUGUACUGUACAGAUAAUUAUAACUUAUUCUAUGGCGUUGAAUUUAAUACAUUUUAACUUACCAUGUGCCUUAAUUUAGGAGCCACAAUAUAACAGUAGAGAUAUGUUACAUGAUUGAUUCCGUUUAGUCUUUGUAUGAUGUUGUUAAUGUGUUCUACAUUUGAAUAGAAUCUACUGUAUAAGCGGAAAAGUUCGCGAUGUGGAAAUGUUGGCGAAUUUCGCGAAUUCAACAAAUUCGCCAAAAUAUCAGCCAGCGUAGAUUUCUACGUUCGCCAGGACAAGUCAUAUUUACAGCCAAGAGAAGAUAAAUAAACUUAGCUUUGACGUUUCAGUUUUCUGUGAUUCCUGAAUAUUUUCGCUCGCGAAACGUCCGGAAACGGCAUUUGCGAACUUUUGACUCGCGAGUAUAUCCAUUUAUACAGUAUUUUCAUUACUUUAGUUAAUUAAAACCUCUUACUUGUGUUUUGUGCUUAAACUAAAUUUCGAAAACACAUGAUGCAUCAUUUAUUUGGCUUUUGUUUAAUACUGUAAAAUCAUUAUUGUUCGUGGAAGAUCAAUUUUCGUGGACUCUGUAAUUGAGUCAAUCUGCGAAAUUUAAUUCCACCGAAAAAAUAACUUUCCCUUUCAUUUUAUGUUCAGAAGUUGAAAUCCAAUUAUUCACGAUUCCACAAAGAAAGCCGUUUUCAUAUGCACGCACGCGCACGCGCGCACGCGUGCACGCACACAAAAAUCAUGCAAACGAAAUUAAGUGAUUCCAUAGUAAUAACCUUUGUAUUUUAUAAUAUCAGAUUUAAGCAUUGUUUGAAUUAUCAACAGUCAAAGCUUAAUCUCUGUUAGCAUUUACUUGUUAAACUGAUUUUUUUUUACAAAAUCAUUGGUUUUGUUCGCCCUCUGGUAUCUAUAGGAUUAUAGUUUAACAUAACCUGAAGGGAGGUAAUAAGACUGACUAACUUGUAAAGUGAAUUUUGUUAUCCUUCUUGUUAUAUACAUUAAUUUUGUUAUAUUUGAUCUUGUUAUGACAGUUAAUAUUUUAGGGCAAAUUUUAUCCUGUAUCAUAUGUGUUUAAUGUUGGUGUCAUUGUAUAAAACAUCCUAAUAAAUCAUGUCAUAUCA